AAGGGAUAAAGCGUUAAGGUAACAUCCUAGAAUGCCUUUCGUCCAAAAAUGGAGGGGUGCCACAUAAGCUCAAUGCAUGAUUAUAUUAUUAUAUGAAAAUUGAGAGGAAUGCGAGGGGCAAUAAUGUACUUUCAAAAGGAGCGCGAGAGAGAGUGUGAUGACCAAAGUUUCUUUCACGUAAAAAAUAUAAGCUUUUUGGCACUCUCUCAAGAAAACAGAGCCAAAAUGAAAGUGCCAAUGAACGAGGAAGCAAAGAAGAACCCACUUCUAGAAGGACCAUUUGAGAAAACCCAAAAACACCCAACACAAGAGCAAAGCUAAAACACCUGAUUCCAAGCCUAAAAUUAACCAUUCCUAAACUACCUCUUUUGUGACUAAAAUCUGCUUGCAUGCUCUACAUUUUGCUAAAGAUAGACCCUUUAGCUGGGCUUUUUGUUAAGUUGUCAAAAGAAAAGGAUGCUUUCUUUUUGUUUGACGUUGGGGCUAUAAUAAAUGAGUGUAAACGGGUUAAAUAGGGCUGUUUCCGUGAUGUGGGUUUGAGUUGAAAAUCGGGUAAAAGCACAUUUAUGGACAGUGAAAGAAGUGAAGGUGAUAGUUUAUAGUUUUAUUAGUGGGGUUUUGGGUUCUCGAUAUUGUGGUAUUUAGAUCGUUAAAAAAUGGUUGUUAAUGAGAUUGAGCUUGAGCAGCAACUUAAGGAGGCUGGGAAUAGGCUCUUAAACCCUCCCUCAUCUAUUGAUGAGCUUCUUAAUAUGCUUGAUAAACUUGAGCAUUUGCUCAUAAAUGUGGAGCAAGCACCAUCAAAAUCUAUGCAAGAUGCACUUCUACCCUCCAUGAAGGCCUUGAUUUCUAAUGCCUUGCUGAGGAACUCUGAUCCAGAUGUGAAGGUCUCAGUGGUAUCUUGUCUUAGUGAGUUUACGAGAAUAACAGCACCGGAUCCUCCUUACAAUGAUGACCAUAUGAAGGAAAUUUUUGAAUUGACUGUAGCAGCUUUUGAAAAAUUAUCCCAUGUAUCAAGUCGCUGCUAUAUGAAGGCAGUUUCAAUUCUUGACACUGUUGCAAGGGUUAGAUCAUGCUUGAUCAUGUUGGACCUGGAGUUGGAUGAACUAAUUAUAAAGAUCUUUCAACACUUCUUGAAGAUUAUUAGGUCCAACCAUCCGCAUGCUGUAUUUUUGGCUAUGGAAACAAUUAUGACCCUGAUAAUAAAUGAAAGUGAUACUAUAUCAAUGGGCCUUCUCACUGCUCUUUUGGCCAGUGUAAGAAAGGAAAAUCAGAGUGCUUCUCCUAUUGCAUGGAAGCUUGGAGAAAAAGUUAUAGUUAAUUCUGCUGCUAAACUUAAACCCUAUAUCAAAGAAGCAUUGCACUGCGAUGGCAGAGCUUUUGAUGAGUAUGCUCCAAUAAUUGCUUCUAUAUGCCAGGAUGAGUCUCAUACCGUGGUGCAUGAUCAUGUCAAUGGUUCUAGGGACCAUUUGGUGACUAAGGAGGGGCGACCACCAGAUGCUGCCUCUCCCGGAGAAAUUCUCCAUUUUGUGGAUGGUAUUCCUGAGUCAACAACAAGUAAUGGAAAUGCAUCAGCUAGAGAUGCUAACAAUGGCAUAAAUGAUAAUUCUACAAAAAGUAUGGAGCAUUGUCCUCUUAUCCAGCAUAGUGAUAGCACUGAGGCACAAGGCAAUGCUGAUAUUGAAGUUAAGUUGGAAAUGGAGCAAGGAACUGUCCCUAGGAAGAGAGGAUGGAAACCUAAUUCUUUGAUGAAUCCAGAGGAAGGAUAUGACCAUUGUUGGAUUCCUACAUGCAGAAAAGGUGCAAAAGUAUCUCGUGAAAGGAAGCUUCCCUACAUGGGAAUAGAUUUGUGCUUAGAUAGUACAGUUCCAAAGAAGCAUGUGACUGAACUUGUGGGAUUGACGCCAGAAACUAGUGGCAUCAUAGGUGCUUCUACCCCAUCACCAAAUCAAUGCCUUCCUGAUGGGACUCAUCGUAAAAAAAGCCGGCCAAAGAAAAAUCCAAGCAAUAUGAAUCAAGAUGCUGAUUCUAGUUCCUUAGAAGUAGUAAAGGUUUUGAAUACUGAAAGUAGGGAGAAAGCUAAAGCUGAAUAUGAAGUCAGUCUGAGAAAGCCAUCUGAACGAAGGAGUAACAUAGAAGUAAAGCUACACAAGCAGUCAAGAAAAAUUGGAAUUGCUGCAAAGACUGCUAAGUGGACAUCUCUGCCUUCUGCAAAUUUGUUGUCAGAUGAAAAAGAUGAUAUUCUGAAUGAACCUGAAGAAAGACCCGUGCAUCAGUCAACUCAAAUAGGAGUAAGAAACUCACAAAAAGGCCGCUCACUUGUCCAAACAGAUGCUAGGAAAAUAAGUUUAGUGAUUGGUGUUUCAAAUGUGCGUGCUGCUGAAGAGUCUAGGAUUAAGAAAAGCAAAUCGUCUGAUAGAGAUGGAAAUCACAAGGAAGAAAUACCUAAUAAAAAACUCAAGAGGAAGCGUACACCAAGGAAGGAAGUGCCUCCUGUUACUCCUGACUUUGAUGAGCAAUUGAUUGGCAGCAAAGUAAAAAUUUGGUGGCCAAAGGACAAGAUGUUUUAUGAAGGAGUUGUUGAUUCCUAUGACCGUACUAAAAAGAAGCACAGAGUAUUGUAUGCUGAUGGGGACGAAGAGAUACUAAAUCUAAAAAGGGAACGAUGGGAACUAGUUAGAGAUGAUAUUUUGUCUGAUAAACAGGUGCAAGUAACUGAUAUUCCAAAGGCUGAUUCUUCAUCUGAUAAAUCACAGCCGAGAAAGGUAAAAAAGAAGUCAGAGUUGGCCAAACAACUGAGUUUUAAUUUGAAAAGGAGCGGAGCUGCCAGUAUUUCCAAGAGAAAGGCUAGAACAUCCAGCAGUGAACUUGCUGUUGGCAAUAAGCAGGAUGAAUCUGGUUUUGUUGACAAAGCCAUCGAUGCCAGUAUUUCCAAGAGAAAAGCUAGAACAUCCAACAGGGAACUUGCAGUUGGAAAUAUGCAGGAGGAAUCUGGUUUUGUUGACAAAUCCAUCGACGGCACAUCCGGGUCUGACAGUGUCUCAGAAGGUGAAGGUAAAAAUUUCAUGGAGAAGCUGAACAUCAGAAGUACAAUGAUUGACAUUAAGUCCAAGCAGACAACACUAGGUAAUGCAAGUUCAUCUGGUGAUGGAAGUCCUAAAGGUGCUAUUGAAUUUUCUGGCAUUGAUGCUCCUAAACUGCAUGGCAUGACUAAAGGGAAAGGUGCGGAACAACCCAGCAUAAGUGAGCAACAGAGUGAACUGAGGUCAGUGGACUGAGCUGAAACUAGUUAGAAACUAAUCAAAAUAUGUACAGUAACAAAAAAGGGAAAGACUAGGAAGCUUUGUAAGUUUUGGUUUUGGUACAGGAGGCAGUGUCAGUCUAUAGCCUCUAGAUAAUAUUUGGUUUGCCUUGAUGUUUAGUGACAGUGAUGUAAAUGUAGUCCUUUUAGGCAUUUCAGCCAGUUGUCUUGGACAGUAAUUGGUUGCAAGGCCCUGUUUUGAAAUGGAUAUAUGUUUCCAAUCCUCAAGGCCUUAAGACCUCAAAUUCAACCUUCAGGACUGAGAUUUUGUAAUUAAGUCUAUGAAGAUAUGGAAAAGGUAGUUUCUUGAA